AUGGCCUCACCAGAAGAAAUCGCAGGCAAAUGGCUCCUCAGCCUCUGCAGUCGAAAACCUUCUGCAGAAAGAGAUCAACUUCUCACCAAUCUCGAAAAGAUAAAAUUCGACGAAUUCUUCAGUCUGCACGGAAGAUCACCCGUUUUCAAGACGUACCAUGUCGAAGCCGUGCGUAGGUGCCUAGCCAAAGAGCUGCGGGUGGACUAUCCAAUGGCGCGUGCGCUGCUGGAGAAGGACGAGAUGGGAGACUUUCUCGUCGGGGAGAGGGAUUUGUUGCAGGUUGCGAUCAAGAGGGCAAAGAUUGACCCGGGGUACUUGGGUGAGGACCCGAAGAAGUCGAAUCCUGAGCUAUUGGAGAUGGUCAAAUUGCUCAUGGCUCAUGGGGCAGCGGUGAAUUGCUUUGAUGAUGAGGGGUACUCACCGCUUGUUUAUACCGGUAUGCUGGGAUAUCAGGAGCUCUUUCGCUUCCUAAUCGAAGCUGGAGCGGAUAUUUCGACAGUCCAGCAACGCAGGUCUCCAGAGCAGCUUGCAAAGAUACGAAAGGCCGCUCAAGAUGGAGAGACUGUGGAAGACGAGCCCAAGCAACAAACCAACCUUCUUCAGAUCACGCUCGACGCUUUGAUCUCGCCGCAGGAGAUCGUCGACAUGACGUGGGUUGGUUGGCCUCCUGGUGUGAACUUUGACAUACCCUUGUGGGAUCUUGAUAUCGAAGCUACCUGGGGCGGCAUCAUUAUGUAUCUCCUCGAAGAGGGGCUUUCAUGUCCCAAAGAUGAUCCGGGAUUAGUCAUGAUGCUUCACAUUGCCUGUCACAAGGGAGCGCUGGAUGUUGUAAAGAAGCUGCUAGCGUAUGGUGCUGCUGCUGAUGUCGCUGGCCCGAGAAUGGCAGAUGGUGGGCAAGGCGAAGGAUCGACCUUUGGAACGGCGAUGCAUGCUGCAGCCGCGGGUCGCAACAUCGACAUCGCUUUGACUCUUAUGGAACAUGGCGAAAGUGCCAGCUGUCGUCGACACUGUAUUUUCAACCGCGGAGGCACCAACAAGGAUAUGACGCCCAUCGAAGUCGCGAUAGCAGCAGACCCUUAUGGAAGCGAUGAAAACCUUGUAGACUAUCUGGAAGCGUUCAUGGCACAACCUAGCGAUCUUCCAGAUUCGGAUUACCAAGCUGUACUGAAACAUUGCGCGCAGAACAAUAAGCUUGAUGCAGCCGCAAGGCUCCUUGACAGAGGCAUACGACUAGAUGAAGUACCAACCUGGGUUUCAAGUGUCGAUAUGGCAAAGUUGCUAGUUUCUCAUGGUAUUAAGCUUGACCCAGCGGGCUUGCAGGAGAGAGCGCUGAAAAGAGGACGGUUGAAUCUUUUGCGAUGGUGUGUUGGUGAAUACGGUGCGAAACUACCCGAUGAUCCCAAGUCUUGGGGAAAGAUGGUGACGUGGCUUCUCUCGUCUGGUAAUAUGUACCUUGAGCAGACGAGGUAUCUCAUUACCGAGUAUCCGGGUCCGCAUAUCGACAUGGUUCUUAUUUCAAGUAGACGCCUUCAUCGUGAGAAUCUCAAAGCAAAGAAGACAAGUUGGCUUCAUACCGCUAUCACCAAACAUAACCUGCCGAUUGUCAAGAUGUUGUUGGAAGCGGGGGUUAAUGUUACGUGUCCUGGUUUGCAUGCUGAUGCACCUACUUUGAUACGGAAAGGUGGUCGAGGGUCGGUCCGUGGUGUUGAAAAGUGGCUGGAGAUAGUUGGAAUGCUGGAGAAAAAGAUCUCUGGCGAUGAGGAGUGGACUAUGCCUUCGUAUGCUGUGGUGAGGAAGCGUAUUGCUCAAACUGUCGCGCUUGAGAGACGAGCUUGGGAUGAGAAAAUUGAGAGUAUCGUCAAAAGCAGACAGGAGGUUCCUCACGCAACCCCGCAGGAAGUAAACGACUCUGUGCCAUCUUCUCCUUCGAUGGUAACUUCUCCAGCAGAGGUGUAUAAGCCUCUGAGCAGCAGUAGCUCCUUUCGACUUCUAGAACUACUCCCAUCGAGUAAUCGGACAGACCCUCUUGUCGGACGCCUGGUGGACAGCGAUAUCACUUUCCAGCCCGACUACGAAGCUCUCUCCUACGUCUGGGGAGAUAUGACACCAGUCAGAUACAUUAACCUCGGCGACCAAGAUAUGUCAAUCACACCAAACCUCCACUCAGCACUUAUCCACCUUCGCUCUCCCGACACCGUCCGAACACUCUGGGUCGACGCCCUAUGCAUCAACCAAUCCGUCCACGGCGAACGAAACCAACAAGUCCGCAUCAUGGGCGACAUAUAUAAGUCAGCGCGUCAAGUCGUAGUAUGGCUCGGCGACGCAGCAGAUGAUUCCCAUCUUGUAUUCCAACAUCUGAACGAUGAGAGUAUCCCAGACUCAUUCCACAGUGGCUCGCCUCCACCACAAGAUGAACGCCGUGCUUGGAGCACGCUUGUCAAAAAGACCUUGCCUGUGGAAGAUAUCUUCCGUCAGUUCACAGAGGCUGUGAUCAAACUCACCAAAGAUCUUAGUAUCCUGGAAAACAUCGGUACAAAGCGCAGCUAUCCAAACCUGCCAUCUUGGGUCCCUGAUUUCACGAAUAUUUCGAGCAACAGUCUCCCUAAGGGUAAUUGGUACGCACCGUAUCGCAAAGACGCGGAGGAGAAUUACGACGUUCGGUGUGCAGAUGGAACACAGCUCAGCUUCCCCCGGGAGCUCCUUGGGAGGGAGUAUCUUUCGGGCUUGACGUUCUCGAAAUAUGGCAGUUUGACGAUCAUGGGAAAGAUAGUUGAUACGAUUCGGGAGAUUGGGCCGGAACUUGAGGAUGGUGUUGGUCACGCACCGGGGACUGAGGGCUUUGAAAGGGUGAUGAAGGAGUGGGAAAGUCUUGCUGUGAAGUUGAUACCUGAGUGGAAGCCGGAUGAAUCAUCAGUCAGCAAAGCCUUUGCGACGACACUUACAGCAACUCAUGGCUCUGAGCUUUUCAGCAUUGGCGUGGGCUUCACACAAUGGUAUCGACACUGCGGCGCCGGUAUUCUCGAACCAGCAGAUCCAUCAAUGUUUCUUCGCGAUCACGAGUUCUACCUCUGGUGGUUAAGUGUCGGGAAGGAUUCAGAAGAGAAGGACCCUGACACAAGCUCGGAAGAGAAAUCAAGCGAAGAACCUGAAGUUAUUGGGUAUGAUCUCAGAGAGUUCUCCAAAAGAUUCACCUUUGCGAGCUAUGGUCGAUGUCUUUUCACUAGUGAGAAGGGGUCCUUGGGACUGGCGAGUCCGAGAGCGAAGGCGGGAGAUAGAGGUGUUUAUUUUCCUGGUUCGACUGAGCCAUUUCUGUUGAGGAAGAGGGAGGCAGGAGGUUGGAUGCUGGUGGGUGAUUGUUAUUUGCAUGGGCUUGACUUGGACAUGUUGUUUCAUGAUGCGGAGCAUUUGGUUGAGGAUUUCGAGAUUUACUGA